AUGGCGCAAAUGGCUGCACGCUGCCUCGCGUUCUUGCUCCUGGCGUCCCUGUCCCUGUCUCUCGCGCACGCCUCCUUCAUCUUGCAGCUAUCCACGUCGGGUUACACCAGUUUCGCCAGGCUUCUUUCGCACGCAAACCUCGGGCCUGAAAUCGACGGCAUGAUCGCGAGAUCGAACACAGUCACCGUCCUCGCGCCCACCAACGCCGGCAUCUCAGAGCAAAUCUCUCAGGAGGGCCUCGAGACUCUCGUGCUCCCCGAGAAUCGCGCGGCGCUGCGACAGCUCCUCCUGCACCACUUCGUUCCCCACAGCGUCUCUCUCUUCGCCUGGAACGGCGCCGCGACGUCAUCCACCGGAUCGGCUAUUUCCCUCUCCAUGGACGCGCAUUACUUCUACGCGGGGAGCGUGCCCGUGAAGGAUAUCAACGCGCUGACGACGCGGAACGUUGUUGUGCACUCCAUGGGCGGCGUGAUCGUGCCCGCGCCGCUUGUUACCUCCAUGCUGCGUCUGCGUCCGCACGCCAGGUCGUUCGAAGCCGCAGCUGCGAUUCCCGCCGGCAGCGCGUGGCAGUCGCGCAGGAUGGCGCCUGAGAAGCAACCAGCGGUUGCGGUGCAGCCCGAUAACGAUAUCGCCGCCACUGUGUCGGAAACGAAAGCGCAGCGCGCGAUGGGAAAGACUGCGGAGCGCUAG